AUGACCCCAACCCAACCCUCCCCCACGAUCCUCUCCAUGGAAGUAUCAAGCAAAGAUGACAGCGACUACCGAAUCCUCCUACAAAACAAAAUCCGCUACCUCACAAUCCGUCCCGGAACAUUCAACCGCUCAACCCUCUCCACGCCUCUCAGCUCACUACCCAAUCUCCCAGGAGACGAUACCUGGAACUGCGCACUUAUCAGCCGAGACCCAGCCAGCGGCGAACUCACCAUCGAACUACAGAACCGAAAUCUUACCGGCAUAACAGAUAUCUGGCACCCUGUGCAGAUUGACUGUCUUCAACUAAGAAGGACAAGACAGCUUACAGCUACUGCAUUCGAAGCAACCUUCUGCGGCAGCGAGCUAAUAAGCACUACCACGUUAGAGAAGAACAUAACAUUCAUUGUCAAAAUCGCCCGAUUCGAGUGGGAAAUACCCCGUCUAUCGCGGGAAACUUCCAUAUAUAAACAGUUACAGCUACAGGGGAUCUCUGAUCUUGCACCGCGCUUUCUGGGCCAUGUACAUGAGCAAGGGCGUGUCAUUGGGUUCAUACUUGAAAAGAUUGAGGGGCGUGCAGCGGGGAUUGAGGAUCUUGUGGGAUGCCAAGCUGUGUUGAAGCGACUGCAUGAUGUUGGUAUUGUUCAUGGUGAUGUUAAUAGGUAUAAUUUUGUUGUUCGAGGUGAUGGUACAGUUAGGUUGAUUGACUUUGAGGGUAGUUGGCAAGAUAAGGGUGCGAUUGCCAUUAUGCGUGCUGAGAUGGAGAGUCUGGGUGAGCAGUUGGUGGAGGGGACUGGACGGGGUGCUGGUUUUAUUUCGUCGAAUUAUUUGAUCGAGUAG